GUGAAAUGAGGAAGUAUCUAGAUUGUGCCCUAACGCCCACGAUUCGUAUUCAUUUUUCAAGUUUGAAAUACUCUCCGACUCGCUCCUUCUCUUCCAUACCUUCAUCUCCUUUUUAGGGUUUCACAUUUCUCAAAUCUUAACUCUCAAAUCUCCUAACAAUGGCGGCACCAGCGAUCAAGCCUGCAAGAUCCAACACCAAAUCCGAAACCUUCGUUGACAACAAACGUACGGAAGACAUCCGUCAACAAAACAUCGCUGCCGCACAAUCAGUUGCAGAUGCUGUUCGCACUUCUCUCGGUCCUAAAGGCAUGGACAAGAUGAUUCAAACCGCUUCCGGUGAGGUAAUCAUCACCAACGACGGCGCUACAAUUCUCAACAAAAUGGAUGUUCUUCAACCCGCUGCGAAAUUUCUUGUUCAAUUAUCCAAAUCUCAAGAUUCUGUUGCCGGUGAUGGAACAACUACUGUUGUUGUUCUUGCUGGUGCACUUCUUAAACAAUGUUCGCUCCUUUUAUCGCAUGGUAUUCAUCCUACUGUAAUUUCGGAUGCGCUUCACAAAACUGCCACACAUGCUGUUCAUGUUCUUACAUCUAUGGCAGUUCCUUUGGAGCUUACUGAUCGUGAUUCUUUGGUGAAAUCGGCUUCCACUUCUUUGAACAGUAAGGUUGUUAGUCAGUAUUCUACUCUUUUAGCUCCUCUUGCUGUUGAUUCUGUUUUGUCUGUUGUUGAUCCUGAAAAGCCUGAUAUGGUUGAUUUGAGAGAUAUUAAGAUUGUUAAGAAACUUGGUGGUACUGUUGAUGAUACUGAGUUGAUUAAAGGAUUAGUUUUUGAUAAGAAGGUUUCUCAUUCUGCUGGGGGACCUACUAGGAUGGAGAAUGCCAAGAUUGGUGUGAUUCAGUUUCAGAUUUCACCUCCCAAGACUGAUAUUGAACAAAGUAUUGUCGUUUCAGAUUAUACUCAGAUGGAUAGGAUUUUGAAGGAGGAGAGAAAUUAUAUUCUGGGAAUGAUUAAGAAGAUUAAAGCUAGUGGUUGUAAUGUGCUUUUGAUUCAAAAGAGUAUUUUGAGGGAUGCUGUUACUGAUUUAUCUCUGCAUUAUUUGGCCAAAGCUAAGAUUUUGGUGAUUAAGGAUGUUGAAAGGGAUGAUAUAGAGUUCAUUACCAAGACCUUGAAUUGUUUGCCCAUUGCGAAUAUAGAGCACUUUAGGGCUGAGAAGCUCGGGCAUGCUGAUUUGGUUGAGGAGGUCUCGCUCGGGGAGUCAAAAAUUGUGAAGAUUACUGGUAUUAAGGAUAUGGGAAGAACUACCACUGUUCUGGUUCGAGGGUCGAACCAGUUGGUGUUAGAUGAGGCUGAGAGGAGUUUGCAUGAUGCAUUAUGUGUUGUUAGAUGUUUGGUGAGUAAAAGGUUUUUGAUUGCUGGUGGCGGGGCUCCAGAGAUCGAACUCUCAAGGCAGCUGGGAGCAUGGGCUAAGUCUCUACAAGGAAUGGAAGGGUAUUGUGUUAAACAUUUUGCUGAGGCUCUGGAGGUCAUCCCAUAUACUUUGGCGGAAAAUGCGGGUUUGAACCCCAUUGCAAUUGUGACUGAGUUAAGGAACAAGCAUGCCCAGGGAGAGAUCAAUGCUGGGAUCAAUGUAAGGAAAGGGCAGAUCACUAAUAUCUUGGAGGAGAAUGUGGUUCAGCCUUUACUUGUCAGUACAAGUGCAGUCUCCUUAGCAACAGAGUGUGUUAGGAUGAUUUUGAAGAUCGACGACAUAGUUACCGUGCGUUAAAGUUAAUGUGGUAUGAUUUUAUUAAAGUAAGAGUCGGAUCGUUAUUUUUAUUUUUUUCUUUAGGAUUUUGAUUUGGCAAUGUAUUGCCCAUAUGAGUAGCUAUGGUUUAUUUGGAAAAUUUUGACUGCUGUUAUGUGCUGAUAUCUGAUUCAAGUGUGAUGUGCUAUGUUGUUUUUUGAUGAUCUAUUCAUGUGCAUCUAUGAUCAAGCAGUUUUUGUAGGUCA